UGAAGUGGCAAACAUGGAAGCUUCAGGAGAGUCAGCAGUGAAAACACUUCUAAGUGAUGAGUGCUAUACAGAUUUUCUGAAGGAUGAUUUUGAUGUGAAGACGUACACAGCUCAGGCCAUCCACCAUGCAAUUAUUGCCGAACAACUGGCCAAACUGGCUGAGGGGAUCAGUCAACUGGACAAGGAGUUACACUGUCAAGUGGUCGCCAGACAUGAAGAUCUUUUGGCUCAGGCCACAGGCAUUGAAUCACUGGAAGGUGUCCUGCAAAUGAUGCAGACCAGGAUCGCUGCCUUGCAAAGUGCUGUGGACAGGAUACGGACCAAAAUCGUGGACCCCUAUAACAAGAUAGUGGCCCGCACAGCCCAGCUGGCAAGAUUGCAGGUGGCGUGUGACCUGCUGCGUCGCAUCAUCCGUAUCCUGUACCUCAGCAAGCGGCUGCAGGGACAACUGCAGGGGGGCAGCCGGGAGAUCACCAAGGCGGCGCAGAGCCUCAACGAGCUGGACUACUUGUCCCAGGGUGUGGACCUCUCUGGCAUUGAUGUGAUUGAGAAUGAUCUGAUGUUCAUCAGCCGAGCUCGUCUGGAGGUGGAGAACCAGGCCAAGAGACUUCUGGAGCAGGGCAUGGAGAUCCAGAACCCCACGCAGGUGGGAACGGCGCUGCAGGUGUUCUACAACCUGGGCAGCCUGAGGGAGACCAUCGGCGGGGUGGUGGACGGGUACCGGGCUUCAGUCAAGGACAACGUCCGCACCGCUCUGGACAUCAAGGUCCUCACUCAGCCAACCACCACCAGAGGUGCUCCAGGCAGGGCCAUCAUGCCAACCCCAGGCAACACUGCUGCCUUCAGGGCCUCACUCUGGACCAACCUGGAGAAACUCAUGGACCAGAUCUGUGCCGCCUGCGGACAGGUUCAGCAUCUGCAGAAGGUCUUGACCAAGAAGAGAGAUCCUGUCACUCACGUCUGCUUCAUCGAUGAGAUCAUCAAGGAUGGCCAGCCUGACAUCCUGUACACCUUCUGGAACUCUGUCACCGAAACACUGUCUAUGGAAUUCAAGAGAGCAACUGGUGACUCUACCUUCCUGAAGCAGGCGCUGGAGGGUGAGUACCCCAAGCUGCUGCGGCUCUACAACGAGCUGUGGAAGCGACUGCAGCAGUACAGCACCAGCAUCCAGGGGGCGCUAGCGUCCUCCGCACAGCAAGAGAUGCCCGUGGAGGUGAUGCCCACCACCGAAGCAGAGGCGCAGGACCUCUUCACACAGACCAAGAAGGACUAUGACCCAGAGAAGGCUUUGAAGGACUCCCUGCAGCCAUACGAAGCAGCCUACCUCUCCAAGUCCCUGUCGCGCCUCUUCGACCCCAUCAACCUGGUGUUUCCCCAGGGAGGACGCAACCCCCCCUCCAACGACGAGCUGGACAGCAUCAUCAAGACCAUCGGCAGUGAGCUGAACGUGGCCUCGGUGGACCCCAGUCUGACGGUGGCGGUGGCCAAGAACGCGGCCAAGACGGUGCAGCUCUACUGUGUCAAGUCGGAGCAGCUGCUGUGUACCCAGGGGGAUGCGAGCCAGGUGAUUGGUCCACUGACUGAAGGCCAGAGGAGGAAUGUGGGCGUGGUCAACUCCCUGUUUCGCCUUUCGCAGGCCGUGGCCAAGGUAAUAUCCAGCCAAACUGCUUUCCCACCAGCUGCAGAACAGGCACUCACAGCUUCUAUUGAGGGUGUGCAGGCGUUGAUGGUGAAUGCGGUGCAACCGCUGCUGCUGUCUGUGAGUGACUCCAUAGAAGCCAUUCUCAUCACCAUGCACCAGGAGGACUUCUCAGGGCCUCUGUCCACUCCGGGUCGUCCUGACGUGCCGUGCUCCCUCUACAUGAAGGAGCUGCAGGGCUUCGUUUCGCGCUGCAUGGGCGACUACCUGCGGUCCUUCCAGUGCCUGGACUUCGUCUACGACAACACGGAGAACAUCGCCCGCCGCGCCAUACACCUCUUCGUCCGCAACGCCAGCCUGCUGAGACCACUGGGGGAGGGGGGCAAGAUGAGGCUGGCAGCCGACUUCGCCCAGAUGGAGCUGGCGGUGGCCCCUCUGUGUAGGCGUGUGUCCGACCUGGGCAAGCCAUACCGGCUGCUACGAUCCUUCAGGCCACUGCUGUUCCAGACCAAUGAGCUGAUUGGCAGCAGCCAGGCCCUGGGUGACGUCAUCCCCUACAGCAUCAUACUGCACUUCCUCUUCACGCGCGCGCCCCCAGAACUCAAGUCACCACAUCAGAGAGCCGAGUGGUCCAUCGCCCGCUACUCCCAGUGGCUAGACGACCACCCCUCAGAGAAGGACCGCCUCACCCUCAUCAGGGGUGCCCUGGAGGCCUAUGUGCAGUCAGUGAAGGCGCGGCAGGGGAAGGAGUUUGCCCCCGUGUAUCCCAUCAUGCUUCAGCUGCUCCAGAGGGCCACCAGUGGCGUCUAGGAGCCGUCAGGAGAACCCAAAUGGAGCCCUCAUCUCUCGUCGAUCACAUCCGUCUGCACCAGCCUUCAGCUUUUUCAUUCCCAUGUUUCAUUUCCUAGUUUAUUACACAAAGGAAAUGCUGAAUGCAGAAUACAUUGUUUCAGUUAGGUUUUUUGUUUGCUUCAUUUUUUGGGGUUUUUGUUUUUGUUUUGGUUUUUUUUGGGGGUGGGGUAUAUUUGUUGGUUGUUUGUUUGCUUGUUUCCUUCAAUUAUCAGUGUAAAAUCUAUUAUAGCAAUGAAAUAAAUCACAGAAAAUUUGCUUUUUUUAAUUAAUCAACUCAUGUACUAAGAUAUUUUGAUGAGUAGCAUUCAACUCUACAGUAUGCUCUCAACUGAGCAAUUGGUGUAUAGAAUUGCAGGGGUGAAGCAGUCAAUCUCUUCACUGUAAAAGGUGGUCUCUGGUAGCCUGAUUAUCAUCGACUUUCAAAUUUCUUCGAGACUUGGUCUGACCAAGAGCAUAGCAAUUAACAUUUCCCAAACAGCAUGGUCGACCUGCCUCCCUUGGUUUGCUAAUGGUUGUAUGCUUCCUGAAAAAGUGGGAGGAGUUCCCGAGCUCAGAAACUAUAUUGUAUUGCUCUUGGCCUGACUAGAAGCAACGCUGAAGGUGUUGCGCGGGCAAGGCCUGGCUAGGUCUCUGGUCUUUGGGCUGAUUGCUUGGUUGGCCUUUUUUCAUAUGGGUGAGGAUGUCACACUUGAGAUCAAGGAUGUUUUGUAUUUAUUUCCAUUUGGUUCGUUUAGCCAUUUUUUUGUUACAUUUUCUUGGAAGUUGGGGAGGGGAUUGUCAUUUAAUAAAUUAAAGCUAUAAUACCUAGUGUGCAGAAAUCCAAUGACUAUUGUU